GUAGAAACAUUAUGAGCGCAACUAAUCAUGAAGAAAUGUGAUUUUUAAUAUGGCAUUGAUUUAAAUCUAUGAUUAUUCAUUCCAGCUAUUGUUCAGAUAAAAUGUUGGUGGGUUGUUUGUUCAGGUUAAAAUUCUGUAUUCUCGAAACUUUUUUCUCUCGUUGAGUAUUUAUUGAGUGUUAAACCUUGUAACAUAAUAACAUUAAGAUUUUUCUUGCAUUUCUUAGAGAACCUGGGUUGUAAUGAAGUUUUGGAAACAUUUAGGAAAGGGGUCUAUAGUUAUAUCAAUUAGAUUAUCGUACUUUACCAUCUUAAAUAUUCACCUGAAAUUCAAACACAGUAAUCUGAAAUUUUCGAUACUAACAUGUAUUUUUCCCAGAAUUAUCAUUUUCUUCAUCCUUUUAUUAGUUCAGUUAAGAUGUUCAAGUGCCAUUGAUCAAUUUAGGAACUGUUUGAUGGCACUUAAAUUACUCUUGAGUUGCACUUUAGAUGGGCGUUUACAGGUCCCUUACACCUUUGUUGCGUCCCUUACAUCUUUGUUGCAUCAUUAGCACUCUGAGACAAGCUUCAGUAUUAUUUGAUCAUCCGUGUGAGGUAAUAUGCAAGCAGGACUGUUUAUGUUCUUUGGUUGACCUACCAGCCAAAGUCAACCAAAGAACAUAAGCAAUCUGAAAGUAAUUCUCUGUUUUUUUACUACCAAGACUGUUAAUGUUCUUUGGUUGAACUGCCUACCAAAGUCAAAGUGUUACUUGUCAAAGAAACAAGGGAAUUCAGAAGCUGACUAAAAUUUCAAAACCUUGGGGAGCAAUCCAUUGUCUCACUGUGUAUAAAAUGUCCCAGAAGCCAUGAGGACAUUUGAGUUGACUAAAUUUCAUCUUCUGGUUAAUUGAUUUGCCAUGGCAAUGACAUGGAAGCAAAUAGUGGUGUUGCUCGUAAUGGCUUCAAAUUUGCAAAUUGCUAUGACGGUGAUGGCCAUGUGGACGAUGAACGGAUUAUCAAGGUGGUCGUGGGAGGAACAGAGCGGGAUCUUGUUGCAGUCUCUACCGCAAGGACCGGUGCCGCCUUCUGGGCCUUCUUGUUGCACUCAUAACCCUAAUGCCCCUCACUGCGGACCUUGUUGAGGAUCAAAAUUAGAUAGAUGAAAGUAGCAAAGAUGACAACAACGGUGAGAAAGAAUUAUUAUAUAAUAUGGAAGAUGAAUGUGUAUAUAUUGCUGAUGAUCUUUUUUAUUUUCUUCUAACAUAUAUGUGAUUGAAUUUUUUUAAAGAAAGAUUGCUUCCAUCAUAGAGAUCCUAUGAACGUGAUUGCUAGCUGUUCGUUUCUUUUCACUCAAAUCUAUUUAGCUGAUGUAAACCAACCAACCAUUGCAUUGCAUAUGAUCGAUCGGCAUCUAUGCUUGGAUACAAAAUGGAAGGUGGUGGCCUACAAUGAACAAAGCAUGGAUGCCAAGUAGCUACUUCAGUUGACACGGAUUAGCCAACCAGUUGACAACUUAGCUAAUUAAUUAUAUUUGAAGAGUUCAAGAACAUUGGAAUUAGAUUAACAUAUUGAAAGUGGCUUCUCAUGAUGAUUCUAGUCAUAUCUGACAGUUGGUAAACUUGUUGACUUUGCAUCUGAUAUACAUGAAGCCUUCUCAUUGAGCUUAGUCAGUCAUGGAAAACCCAAAAAGUGAGACUGAUAUUGUGACUGUAGAUGGUGUUGAAGCUCGAAACCUUGUGGCUUCGGGUCAUCAUCGUUACUUGGAUGUCAGAAUGGAGGAGGAUUUCUUCGAGAAAGGGCACUUGGAGGGCGCUUUGAAUGUUCCUUACUACUCUGUCACUCCUCGAGGUCGAUCUACUACAUUGCUCAACUUUUUUGGCCACUUUUUGGUGAAUUUUUUUAUGGUUUCAGAGAAGGUGAAGAACCUUGAAUUUAUAGAGCAAGUUUCGUCUCUCCUUCGACACGAAGAGCCGUUCAUUGUGGGUUGUCGAACUGGAGUACGAGCAAAACGAGCAACUAUAGAUCUGGUCGCGGUAGGCCAAUUAUAUAAAGAUAUAUCGACUUUGAAGGAUACAAGAAUGCUAAAUUGUAAAGAUAUUAGCAGCUAUAGAUCUCCUUAACGCUAAAUGUCGACCUUAGGGCUUCACUAAUGUCAAAUACUUAGCCGGAGGCUACAUGACAUGGUUGAAGAGCGGAAAUGAAGACACUUUGAGUAUCUAAAGAGAACUCUGGCCUUUGAUUGCUGUUGAGAGAAUAUGCAUUGUGCUCCAUUGUGAGUUGUAAUAUUAAUAAUCGUAAACGUUUGCCAUCAGGAAGUAGAAUCUUCAAAAGACAAUA